AGUUUUUUUUCUUAGAAAAUGAAAGCGAAAGCGUGUUGAUACUCACACAGUUCUACACGGAGAACCAAAGUGGAAAUCACCAAUGAAUAAUCACCAUGGGUCUGCUGCUGGAGUUUUUUCUAUGCUAUUUUAUAGCAACAGGUGUGCACUGUGUUCAUCAGAUCCAAUGGCUGCCCUGUCAGUUCACAGAUGAGCAUGUGAGCCUCAAUAAUGAGGGUCAUGUUGAGACUCAGCUCAUCCACAGACAGGCCAUGCUGCAGUUUGGUCAAAAAGGAGACACUCCUGUUAAUCCAGAUGCCAUCACUUUCCUGAUCACUGGAUCCAAGCUGGACCUGCGGCGGUAUCUGGACGGGGUGGAAGCAGAGCAGCUGGAAUGUGAGCUGCGAAGGUACAGCACAGAGGGCAUGCACAUCCACUGGCCGAGCCAGGAAGCAAAGGAUUACAACCGGUGGUUCACCUGCACCCUGAAGCAAGACAAGGGCCUGUUCACGGUCACCGGCUUCCUCAGACAUCCGUCUAACGAACCUCCACCGGGGCAGCAGGACUACCGCAGCUGGCCCGCUAUCGCUGACACUGAGAUCCUGACUACAUCUGUUGCCAUGGUUACCAAAACCCAGACUCCCUCUGUGAAAGCCACCCUUGGUUCUCAGCAGAGGCUCCACUGCCAGUUCGGCAUCGACCACCGGGGAGCAAACACCACGGUGGAGUGGCACUGGCAGCAGCGUGGAGAGAGGAUCAAACUCUUCAGCCACUGCAGCCGGACGGGGCAGAUACAGGGCUCUGGAGUGGGGAAAAAGGCCCUCGCUGGAGGAGAUGCCACCUACACACUGCCCUUCACCAAGAUGAGCAGUGAAGGGACAUACAUUUGCUCUGUGCUUGUAAAUCCACUGUUUGGGAAUCAGGACGUAGUGGUGCAUAUCGAAGAGCCUCCCCGUGUCUCCCUGAACGUGGGCCCUGUUCUAUCUUUGCUGGACGGCAAUGAACACAAGGUUGUCUGCGAGGCAGACAACUACUACCCUCUGGAUGUGGAGAUAAAUUGGUACGAACAGGACCCAGCGGCGUUGGGUCAGCGGGUCGGGGCCCCGCUUCCCAAGAUGCUGCAGAACGUCCUGCUGUCCAGCCACAAGCACAACCAGGACAAGACCUACUCCGUGUCGGGCUUCUUCUACCUCAAGGCUUCGGUCAAGGAUUCAGGGAGGCAGUUCACAUGCAGCGUCUCCCAUAAGUCGCUAAGAAUGCCCGUCAAGAAAAGCUUCAUCCUGCAAGUUGAAGAGCCGACCAGCUGGACCUUUUACCUCAUGGUUUUCUUCAUCUUGGCCUUCCUGCUCGUUGUUCUGGCUGUGAUGCUGUCUGCCCUGCACACAGCAAGGAAAAAGUCUAAGCAGAAUAAACCAUACUGAGCAGCGAUGGACCAUGAAGGGAAUUAACACAAUCAGCCUGGACUUCCUGACUCCUUUCUCCAUGUGCAUCUUAUGAUGAUCAUGAUGAUUUGGGACUUGUAUGAAGCUUGUGUUUUCUACAUUGCACUGACUUUAAUGUAAUUUUAAGAAUAGUAAUUCCUGGAUACAAAAACUUGACAAACUACUAAUUGCUACUAUUGGAGGUAUGGAGUCCCAGCCUGUACUCUAUUUGAGUAAAUAUUGAGGAAGUUGUAUUUAUUACUAGAGCUACAAUUCCAAACAAAAGUUUUCACCCCCUUUGAAUUUUUCACCCCCACAGUUUGCAGGCAUACAGUCUAUAGUUCAUGUUAUUUUCAGGGUUUUAAGGUGUAGAAUAAUUUUAAAAAAUUGAAUAAAUCUCAAGUGGGAAAAUUAUGCAAGAACGGUUUUCAAAAUUUUUACAAAUAAAAAACAGAAAGUGUGCCGUCCAUUUGUAUUUCUGCCAACUGAAUGAAUACUUUGUAGAUUCAUUUUUACAGCUACAAAUCUUUCCAAAACAAAA